GCUAAUUUGACUAGCCUGAUAAAUAAUAGUAAUAGUAAAUAGUAUUAAUAAAUAGUAUUAGUGGUAAAAGCAAUAGGAAUAAUAAUAAUAGUCGUCAGUACAGAUUAAAGAGGUUUAGCUUCAUAAAUAUAAAAUAAAUAAAAGAUGUCAUUUAAAUUAAGUUGGGGUGGAUUUGAUGAUGCAUUUUACAAUAACUUAAAGAGCGAAUUAAAUAAAACAUUGAAUAGUGGGCCACCAAUUCCAAACAUUACAGAUAAAUUAUUAGUAUAUCAAAUUCAUUUGGGCGAUAUAGCACCCGAAAUUCAAUUACUAGAAUUAGAUCCAUCAAAAGAUCGUAUGAAAUUUGUAUUUAAAGUAAAAUAUAACGGAAAUGGGUUAUUAGAGUUAAGAACAAUGGUUCAAGCCAAUCCAAUUUAUUUAGGAUCAUCAGUAACAAAUGUACCAAGAUUUGAAAGAGAUUUAAUUAAAAAACUUAGAUUUGGGUCAGCAUCAAAUCCACAUAUUAUACCAUUAAGUAUUUUAAUAAAAGAUAUUGUAUUUGAUGGUAUUUUAUCAGUUUGUAUAGUAAAUAACAAUAAUAGUAAUGGCAAUAGCAAUGAAACUAUGGGCAAUAAUAGCCCAACAAGUAAUGGUGGUAAAAUCGAAGCAUCAUUUAAAGAGGACCCAUUAAAGAAUGUUAAUAUAGUUACAAGUUUUGAUGAAUUUCCAGCAGCAGGUAAAUUUAUCGCAUCAUUGGUAGAGAAUCAACUUAGGGAUUUUAUAAAUAAAGAAUUUCCAUCAAUCGUUGGAGCAAUUACCAUACCAUCCACUGGUGGCUCUGAAACUGCUCAAUCUUCAAACUCUCCAAAUACUGUAUUGGUAGAUUUAAAUAAUAAAGAAAAUGGUGGUUCACCAAUCAUAAUUUCCUCAGCAAACACAACCCCAUCCUCAUCACCACAAUUAGAUAUGUUAAAUAGCAAUCAUGUAAAUUCUUCGCCAUUACUCGAAAGCCCAAAUAUAAAUAUACCACCAAUUCCUGUAUCACCUUUAGAAAAUAACCAAAUUAAUAAUAAAUUCACCGAAAAAACAACCACCAACUAUAAUAAGAAAAUGGGUUAUAUAGAAUAAAAUAAAUUUUUAAUUUUUAUAUCAC